AUGUUGACUGAGGCACCUAUUUUAACAUUACCAAAGUCGGGGAAGGAUUUUGUUGUGUACAGUGAUGCUUCUUUGAAUGGUCUGGGUUGUGAAUUGAUGCAAGAUGGAAAGGUAAUAGCCUAUGCAUCUCGACAGUUGAAACAACAUGAACAUUACCACCCGGGAAAGGCGAAUGUAGUAGCAGAUACAUUGAGCAGAAAAUCUGCGGAUGAAUUAGGGGAAAUGUUUGCUCAACUCGGAAUUGAUAAUGAUGGUAGCUUGCUAGCUGAAUUAAAAGUUAAGCUAGUGAUGUUUGAUCAAAUUAGAGCAGCUCAGAUGGAAGAUAAGAAGAUAAUGAAGAAAAGAGAAAUGGUACAGCAUGGUACGGUGGAAAAUUUUAGUAUUGACGAUCAUGAUUGUUUGAGGUUUCAGAAUCGGAUUUGUACCCCAGCUACUUCUGAGAUUAAAGAGUUGAUUCUCUGA